CAAUUGACUAACCGAAGAAGAACUGUUGGGGAGCAACAAGCUUGGUGUUUUGACAGCACUUCAGUUUAUUAGUUUGUGCUCUGGUAUGUGUUGCUAAUGGCGAGGGCGGGAGGGAUCACGAAUGCGGUGAAUGUGGGCAUUGCGGUGCAAGCCGAUUGGGAGGAUCGGGAGUUCAUCUCUUCGCUCAAUGUCCGCCGCCUCUUCGAAUUCCUCCUCCAAUUCGAGGCUACAACAAAGAGCAAGCUGGCAUGUCUGAAUGAGAAACUCGAUGUUUUGGAACGUCGCCUGGAGGUCCUUGAGGUUCAAAUCAGCACAGCCACAUCCAAUCCCUCUGUUUUCACCUAGUGUUUUUUUAUUAGUUAACUGAUACCUCAAGGUAGAGCAUUUGUAAUGCAGUUUGGUGAUUUCUAAUGGUCCUUGAUGUCUACUAUAUUUUGAUGUUAAUCAAUUGUUUGUUGCAUUUAGGGCUUGAUUCCAUACAAAAAUUUAUAUUGCUCUUGUAAUCAUUGCAAACUAUAAAUUUGGACAAAUGGGGCUUCAAGGCUUUGUGUUUUA